AUGAUGGAGCACUUCUCGCUAUUUGAUAUGCUUAUCGAUGAGUGGACUGUGAACUGGCCAUUUAUCAAACACAGAUCGGAACGUCUGAUGGAACCCCAGUAUACCAUAGCAGAUUUCAUUCGGGGUCAAAUCGAACAAAGGAAACUUGAAAUAGCCAACGGAACUCACGUCCUACAAGGUGAAGGCGACGAUUUUGUCGACGCGUUUCUCAUUCCAGACUGUAAGAAGAGAGGAGCGGACACGCCUGCACUGUCUUACGGAGCUCGGGAUAACGGUUUUCAGGAAAUUCACAGAUGCGCGCAACUUGUUACAAUGAAUUUGUGGCGUAGCACAUCUGAAGACACUACGGUUGGAUCCUAUGUGAUACCUCAAGGAACAACUAUCACAGCUCAAGUCUCUGUCAUAAUGAGUGAUGAGAAAUAUUUCAAGGAUCAUUGCGAGUUCAAUCCCGAUCGCUACUCGAAUGGUGAUAAACUGGAACAAAAGGUGGUUGCGUUUGGUUUGGGAAAAAGGUCGUGCCUAGGAGAAUCACUUGCUCAGGCGGAAUUGUAUCUGAUCAUCGCUAAUAUUUUGCUCCGCUACAAUAUCAAUGCCGAUCCUGCACAUCCGCCACGGAUGAAAGCCAUGCAUGACUUCACGACCGUGAGAAAGCCAUACCCCUAUCACAUUCAAUUUGAGCGGCGAUAG